AUACGCCCCCUCCGAUCAGAGAGAGAGAGAGAGAGAGAGAUUUAUUUAUUAGGGAUGGGUUCGUCGGGGGAAUGGUUGGAGAAGGCGUUGCGAGAGCUAAGCGGCAAGAUCGAGGAGGGCUUGGAUUUGGACGCCGAUCUCAUAUCCGGCCUCGUCUCCUUCUGCGAGCUCGCCCCUCCCCUCGACGCCGCCGAUUACCUCAGGAAUAUCAUCGGCGUCGAAGCUGGUAAGGAUGUGAUUCAAGAAUACCUGCGGAGGAGGGGCCAUGCAGAUUCCUCCAAUAGCAAUGGAGAUGCACAAACAUCUCAAUUGCAAGCGUACGUUAAACCACCUGCGGACGGUAAUUCUGUGACAACAAAGAAACAAGCAAGAAGUGCAAAAGAGACGAGACAAAAGGAUGCCAAGUCAUCUGAGACUCAGAACACCAAGAGUCAAUCAGAGGGAAGCCAAAUUAAUUCCAAGAAGAAAAAAGGCGGGAAGGCCAUCUCUCUCGCUGAGGCGGCGAAGGGGUCUGUGGUUUUCCAACAGGGAAAGCCCUGUUCGUGCCAAGCUCGCCGGCACAAGCUCGUGAGCAAUUGUUUAUCCUGCGGCAAGAUAGUGUGCGAGCAAGAAGGGGAGGGUCCGUGCAGUUUCUGCGGUGCGCUUGUGUUGAGGGAGGGCAGUACGUAUGCUGGCCUAAGUGACGUCACUGUUCCUCUCUCAGAGGCAGAAGCUGUGGCUGAAGCAUAUGCAAGGAGGCUUGUGGAGUAUGACAGGAACUCCGCAGCACGAACCAAAGUUAUUGACGACCAAAGUGACUAUUAUGAAAUCGAAGGAAACAGCUGGCUAUCUCCAGAGGAGAAGGCAACUCUAAAGAAAAAGCAACAGGAAAUUGAAGAAGCAGCUAAUGCACAAAAAGGAAAAGUUAUAGUUACAUUCGAUUUGGUCGGGCGCAAGGUAAUUUUGAACAAGGAUGAGGCCUCCGAAUUGGAAUCAGAGUAUAGUAUUCUAAGACCGCCUGAAGAAAGAGAAUUGAACAGGAUAAAGCCUAACCCUACUGUUAGAGUCCUGCCAAUGUUUGUUGAUACAGGGUCAUUGAAGAAAUCAGCUAAAGGAAAAAAGAGCACAAGAUUAGCCAAGGGUUUAUGCCUGGAAAUAAGUGGCAGGGUACAGCAUGAUGAGAAGGAGCUACACCCUUUUCUGAAUGGAGGAAGCGAGGAUGAUAGUUUCUCCAGUAGAGGCUUUGAAAAAGGCCGUGAAGGAGAUGAUUAUGAGUGCUCUCUUGACUACAACUAAGAUUACAGUGACUAUUCUGUGCGUUUGAACCAUUGUUGCAUACUCCUACUGUCCUUGUUUGUGCAAAUUUCUAUAGAAGGAGCAGACAAAAGCAGAGUUUGAUUUUUCCCUUUGUACUACAACUAAGCACUUUUGCUUUAUUAAAGUGACAGAUGUUAUUAGUAAUAGCAGAAAAUUACAUAAGCAGCUC